CACGAGGGUUUGACAAUCUCAGUUUGCGAUCAUCACCAACUCGUGGAGCAUCAAUUCAAUCGGCUAUCUAAUCGUCACUGUGCUCCCAGUGUUUCAAAAAAAUCCACAAAUUCCAUUGCCCGAGUGAUUUGUCACUGUGAUUGUUGUGACUGUUAACCGUAAAUUUUGAUAAUCGAAAAAACAACUCACCAACAUGUCCUACGUCAACAUCGUCAUCAUCUCCCUGAUCGUGAUGUCUGCAUCAGGAGCUCCAACAUCGUCAGUGAGAAAGGCAGGAUCAGUGGAUCCAUUUUGGCAUUUGCCGUGCGGUGAAGUCAUCGAUACGGGCAUCAUUUUGUCGGGAAAUAUUGUGGAGGAACUUAAGUCCAAUCUGCUGAGUAUUAAACUCCAGCAUCAACUUACCCUGAAUGACUACCUCAGUCGUGACUAUGAGUUUCUGUACGAACGCGUGAGAAUUGGCGUUCACGAGCAUCAGUACAUUCCGAAUUGGGUGCCAGGGAAGAGGGAUGUCAACGUCAUAAGGAAAUUAGCUGGGAAAGAGCCACAAACUAUCGUCAAUCAUCUGCCGAAAUUUCAUCUGGAUCUCCAGAAGUUUGCGGUGGCCAUUGAAGAGCUUAUCGACGACGAGCCGACGGAGAAGAUCAUGGAGGCCCUCAAGAGUACUCAGUCCUACCUCCAGAUGAUGUUGUGCGAGGUCGAGAGCAACAUCGGUUACCUGCCAGGUGUCAAUUUGCCCGAGAGAGUCCCCAGGAGCAUCAUGACGACAGUCGAGAGGGCGCCCGUCGACGAAACCAGGAGAUUAAUCCGGGACUGGGGCAUCCUCAUCAAGUACAAGGAUUAUCUUCACGCCUGGAAGCACGUCUUCGACUACUGAGGAAAGUUUGACUCAAAAUUUUCCGGAGCGCUCUCUGUCAAGCUCUCUAUGGCACGCUACCCAGCGCAUAACAGAACAGUUCGACCGUACAGUAUUUAUAGAUUGGAUAUCGAUGACAUCUUGACAGUAGGAGAAUUUUUUAAAUAGUUGUUUCGAUGCCAGUGACGGUCGGUGAACGCAUCGGUAAAAAAUGAAGUGAGAUGACUUCGGUGCAUUGACGCAAAUUGAUUUAGCAUACGGGAGGAUAAUGAGUUUACAUAGGGAUUAGGAGGUAUGUGUACACGGUGGAGGUGUGAGGAAAGUGUCUUAAUCGGUUUGUGACGGGUGUCAUUGAGACUGUCUUAAGGUUUGAGAAAAUUUGUUUUGUCCUAAAUUUUAGGAUCAUUGAGGUUUUGAUAUAAGGUCUUAUUUUUUUUACAAUUUCAUUGGGCAUUUUAAAUUGUAGAUUGUAAAUGUUUAAGCUUGACUUAAGACUUGGUAAUCGUGGCUCAAAAUUUUCAAAAACGCUCAUAAAAGUUGAUCAAGUCCUGCGAUAAUUGAAGGAAAUAUCAUAUAGAUUGGCGAUAAUAUUUUUAAACAAUUGGGUGAAUGUCUUAAAUGUCUACGUUGUCUUAAAAUUUUAGGAGUAGAAUUUAAAAUGCUGUUCCUUCAGAUUUUGAAAGGUCUGCAUAAUUUAAAACCAUGUCUUAAGAUCUUAAGACGUUUUAAUUAUUUGUCCGCCAUGUCUUAAGAUUUUGAGACGUCUUAAUAAUUUAGUAUCAUGUCUUAAAAUUUUAAAGCAUCCCUAACAAUUCAAUUUCAUGCAUUAACAUCUUAUGGCAUCAGAAUAAUUUAAGGCGAUGUCAUCUUAAUAAUUGACUAUCAUGUCUUAAUAUUUUAAGGCAUCUUAAUAAUUCAAUGCCAUGUCCUAAGAUCUUACGACACCAGAAUACCGUAAGGCAAUGCUUUAACAUUUUAAGGCGUCUUAAUAAUUCAAUGCCAUGUCCUAGGAUCUUAAGACGUCUUAAUAAUUUAAGACCACGUCUUAAAAAAUUAUUUGACGAAAAAAUGUACCCAGUCAUUCCACCCAGACGAGGUGUUAGUAUUACCAGUGCAUAUCACAAUAUUUUCCUGGAAUGCAAAAAGUUCAAGUCAUUCACAAUGACAGAUAAUUUUAGCGCAUCUACCCAGGGAAUACCAUACCAUUCGUAAUCUUUAUUACGGACUCAUUCAAAGGUAUUUGAACAAACUGACUGAUACUAUACAACGUAGAGUAUCUAAUGGCACCCGAUAGGUAACGCAAAUGUGUUAUUAGGUGAUAUACUGACAGCAAUCGAUGAAUUUAUUUUUUUUGCAUUUAGAAACAAUUCUAUUUAUUCGAACAAUAGAUUGUUCUAUUUAUUCGCAACUAAGUAUUUAACAAAUAUUUAUUGACCAAUUAGUAGAUUACGUGAUCGACGAUUUGAUCUUUAAGUUCAAAGACCUCUGAAAUGUGCCUUAAACUAAUGAUCAAUUAGUUCAUAAUAUUUAUCCAGUGAUUUUAUAUUUAUCCUGGAAAUUGGUUAAGACAAUACCAUUAGGGUCAUGCAGUAUUAAUUAAUAGUACGUCUUAAUUUAUUGCGAUGUAGUGAAUAGUUAUUUAUUGCUUUUGA